UCUUCUCCCUAACAUUUUAUGUACACAUUUCACUUCAACUCUUUUCUCUCAAGAAAGUGAUUAAUCAUAGAGUGUGAGAUGAUGCCUUUAGAAGCAAGUAAAGUAAUUCCACUGAUACCCUUCACUUUAUAAACCCUCUUUUGUCCCUUGCCUUUUUAUGAAUCCUUAUAUCUCUGUCAACUUCAGUCCUUCUCUCUCAGAUAUUUCUCUCAUUAUAUACAUAUAAUCUUCUUGCACUCCAUCUCCUUCUUCUCAUUACUAUAACACACAAUAUUAUCUUCUUCUUCUUCUUGGUUAAUUUCUUGAUCCAUUUUAAUGGAAACUCAGCAGCAGCAGCAAGUAGGAGGAAAUGAUCAAGAAAAUAAUAGUAAUAACAAAGGGAGUGGGAAUUUUCUGUGCAGGCAAAGCAGUACAAGGUGGACACCGACAAGUGAUCAGAUAAGAAUAUUGAAGGAGCUUUACUACAACAGCGGAGUUAGGUCUCCGAGUGCAGAGCAGAUUCAGAGGAUCUCUGCUAGGCUUAGACAGUACGGUAAGAUUGAAGGCAAGAAUGUGUUUUAUUGGUUUCAGAACCAUAAAGCUCGUGAAAGGCAGAAAAAAAGGUUCACUUCUGAUAAUCAUCAUCAUCAUCAUAAUUCCAUGCAACAACCCAAAAAUAUUAACUCUUCCUCUACUUGGAAACAACAUGAUGAUUUUUCUUCCUUUAAUCACACCAAAUACCUCACUACCACCACUCCACCUGGCUUUUCUUCUGCUUCUCCAUCUUCAACAAGUGUUGGUCAGAUGGGAAAUUAUGGGUAUGGAUCUGUUACCAUGGAGAAGAGUUUUAGGGACUGCUCAAUUUCAGCUGGAGGUGGAUCUAUGAGCCAAAACUAUGGAUGGGUUGGUAUUGAACCUUAUAAUUCAACAUCAUACUCAUUUUUUGACAAGCAAAAAUCAAGUAAUGAGCAAACCCUAGAUUACUACUAUGAUGAAGAACAAGAAGAAGAUGAUCAAGAAACUCCAGAGAAGGAAACUUUACCUCUAUUUCCUAUCCAAAGAGAAGAUUUAAAUGGCUUCUGCAACAUCAAACAUAAUUCCUUCUGCUACUCUCAAAACUGGUAUGGCUAUGGAUAUGGGUUUGAUGAUGGCAGUAACAGUUCACUUGAGCUUAGUCUCAACUCCUACACUACUGGGCAGGCACCAGAUUCUAUCUAAACAGCCCUCAUGAUCACCUAAUCUACUAUUACUGUUAAUUAUUACUGUUACUGAUUAUUCUACUAAAUGUAGUUAAUUUACCGGUACUAAUCAUUAUGUUUUAUGUAGUUAGUAGUUUUUAAACCUAGUUAUGGGUUCUUCUUGUUUCGACACGUGUUUUAGAGGUUCAAAAUCUGUUGUGAAUUUGACAUGUGUCAUGCAAAGAAACUUAAUUAAUUAGUAGAUGAUUAUUACCUUAA